UGUUGUGUUGUUGUUCGUUUAUGAUACAGUACAAUUACUUCCGGUUUCGAGGACGCCACCAUAGCAGGCUCAAGCUACCUCGCAGUGGAAGAAGCGUAGCUUGGUACUCAGUAUUCCCCCAGGUGCAACUCCUGACAGAACUGUUCCAAGAAUGACUGAAGAAGAACCUGUCAAUAAGAGACACAAAGGAGAUGGAGACUCUGCCCUGGCAGGUGCAGUAGAAGGGAUGCUGAGAGGACCUGUCAUCAGGAUGGACAGGGAGAGGAGACAGGAGGCCCCCCGGGUUGGUCCUGACAGCGCCCCCCCUGCCAACGGUAACUCUGCUCUCGCUGCAGCUGUGGAGGGGAUGCUGAGGGGACCAAACGUGGAGCUGGAGGAACAGAGGAGGGUGGAGGCACCUGUGGUGGGCCCCAGGGGGGUCCCGUCUAAGGAGGUGUGUUGGGGGCCAGGACAUGCAGAAAAGGUUGUAACUGACUCCAUGCAAGAGGGCAAAGAUGAGACUGAUGCACCAAUCUACAGUAUUGGAGUGAGGAGAGCCCCACCCCAAGCAGAACUUGUGCGGGAGCUCCCCAGUUAUGGGAUGAACCAUCCCCAGCGGGGUCUGUGCCUGGUGUUUGACAACGAGGAGUUCCACUGGACGACGAAGAUGAACCGGCGCCGUGGCUCCCACGUGGACGCUGCCAACCUGAAGGCGCUGUUUGAAGGCCUGGGCUUUUCUGUGGAAGUUCUGAAGGACAAGGAGAUCACAGAGAUCAGACAAAUCGUGCACUCAGCUGCCCUGAAGUAUGACCACAGCCAGUCGGACUGUUUUGUGUGUGUGUUUCUGAGUCACGGGGAGGACGGCAUGAUCUACGGGUACAACGGCACUGUGCCGAUCAAGGAGCUGACUGACAUGUUCCGAGCUGACAUGUGCACUACUCUCAAGGGGAAACCCAAACUCUUCUUCAUUCAGGCGUGUCGGGGAGCCAAGCAUGAGAUUCCCGUUGAGCCGUCAGAUGAGCCUGAUGGUCCAGUGGGAGGCGGGGAGGCAGAACCCAUGGACGUGGUGGACACCGGUGUGAGGCCCACCCUGCCCGCUGGAGCAGACUUCCUCAUGGCCUACUCUGUGUCUGAAGGUUUCUACUCCCAUCGCGACACGGUGAACGGUUCGUGGUAUGUCCAGGACCUGUGUGCAGCGCUGAGGCAACACGGAUCCAACAUGGAGAUCCACGAGGUCCUGGCGCUGGUCAACCGGAUGGUGUCGUGCCGGGAGGUGGAGCGCACCACGGACCAGCGGUCACUCGGCAUGAAACAGAUGCCCUGCUUCCUGUCCAUGCUCACCAAAAGGCUGGUUUUCACACCCAAAAACUGAUCACGUCUCAUACUCUCAUACUAGAUUUGAAAACAUUAUUAAUAUUGAUAAAAUAUAAAGGGGAAGCUACUACCAAUCUACAUGUAUUUGGAAAUUCCAAUGGUACUUAUUCAUAAGAUUCUAUUGAUGACUGAAAACAGUCAAAAUGCUCUAGGAUUAAUCGCUGCAGUAAAAAUACAGCUAAAUGCAGAAAAUCGUACUAUUAAAGAAAACAUUUUUGGAUAACACACACACAGAAGUAUCCAGUUUACUGUGCAUUGUGUAAGCAUGUGCACACACACACAUAGACACACAUACAAACACACACACAAACAUAUCCAGUUACUUACAAAUAACGUUACAUUGUGUACUUUCCUCGAUUGACAAUUCUCAUGAUGUAGAAUUGUCUGCUUUUAAACAUUCCACUGUUGUCAAACUGCAUGUUCUAUACUUUGCAGCCUGUAGCUCUGUCUUUACUAAAUGAAUUUUGCUAGAUUUAGAUAUAGUAUAUUUUUCUUACAUUCCUGUCUAAAGUGAUGGUUGGGGAUUUAGAAAAUAUUUUGAUAUACAGGUUUCGGGAAUCAUGAACAAUUACUGUACAAUCACUUAAUGCAAAUUUUGAAAUGACUCCAUUGAGUUUUUACAAGAGAAACUACACAUAGUUCCAAACUUUUCUGCAUUGUAUGGAUUAGUUAUAUAUAAAGGAGCUGAAGUUUUGUUGUGGGUACUUAAGAAUAUCAUAAGCCAUCGUGAUACCCAGUUUCAACUGGGCUUAACUUGGGAGGGGAAUAAGGUAUGAUCGAUUGAAUAAUGAACAGCAGGGCAAACUAUAGUAUAAGCUGAUGCUUAGUCAUGAUGUCUUACACAUGUACUGCCUGUUGAUACUUCUCACUGCAAAAGUUUUUAGCCUGCAUCAUCUACCUUACUAUAUAUAAGACACCAAAGAGAUCUAAGACUUGUUCUAUAUACAAACUGUACAGUUACUGCACUAGUAUAUCAUAUGCACAUGUCAACUGUGAAUAGAAUGUGAGUUGUUAUCACAGAAAAGAAUUAACUUCUCUGUUUAGCUUUUUUCUAGUAAACAUCGUGUCUAGCUAGUGCCUUGUAUAACACAUUACUCUGAAAUAUCUCUAGGUUAAAGUACCAAAAGAACUGCUUGGCAUUGCUACACUACCAGUAUACACUAUGCACUACAGUAUUUAUCUUUUGCCUGGUAGUCUUUGAACAAUGGAGAAGGGUAUCCUUUCAAGAUUUUAACAUUCCAAUAAAUCCAGUUUUAACUCUGAGGA